GCACUGUUGGGCACUGAUGCACACUGAUAGGCGGCACUGACUGGCACUGAUAUGCGACACUGAUUGGCAGCACUGACUGGCAUUGAUAGGUGGUACUGACUGGCACUGAUGGGUGACACUGAAAUACAGCUCAGAUGGGCACUGAUAUGUGGCAUUGAUGUGGCACUGAUAGGCACUGGCAGGUGGCAUGGAUGAGCACUGACAGCUGGUACUGCUGGGGCUACGCAGAUCAUCAGGGCACACUGAUCAUCAGUGCCCUGAUGAUCAAUGCACAUGUCCCCUCUGAGGGAUGCCGAUUACUGGCUCUGCUCUCCUCUCGAGCUGUCAGCGUGACAGCUUCUCUUUCCGUUGCUUGGUGAUCCGCUGU